GCCUAUACAGGGUUUACACCUGAUUUAUUACAAAUUACGGGUAUAUUUACAGGUUAUUACAGGGGUUUGUGGUUAAAAGUUCUCAUAGGGGAACAUGUAACCCAUAUAUUAUUAGCAGAGUUCGAUAUAGAUAAAGGUUCUUCUUUAGCACAUCAAUAUCCCGAGGCUACUGGUACGGAUGAACAUUUACUAGCGGAGUUAAUGUUACCAGAUGGUGCACAUUUACGUACCGAAGAUUGGACAGUAUUCUUUUUAAAUCAAUCAAUACCAGAUCCUGAUAAAAUAUCGAUUGAUCUAAUGUCCGAACAAUCACGAGAUAAUGAGACUCCGUUAUUAUAUGCAUUGAAUUUGGUUAGAACUAGGCAUGAUAAAGAAGCUAGAAGAGGUGCUGUAGUUAAAGCAAUGGCCAUUUGUACUAGACAUCAAUAUUUACAUAUUUAUAAGCCAGUUCUUUUAUUGGCACUUGAUAAUUACUUUCAAGAUCCAUCAGUAGAAUGUCUUGCAUCUCUUUACCAAGCUGUGAAUUCGAUGGAUUGUAAAUUUAUGCCAAUAUUUAAUGCUCAUGAAAAAGCUAUAUUACGAGCAUCAGAGAACAAAGAUAUGUUUGAAGAAAAGUUUAUUGCUUAUGAAAAUAGUAGAAAACAUAAACAAGAGAGUUCUGCGACAUCAUUGAACGAGCAAUCAUCUGACGAGAGUUCAGGUAAAGGAUUGGGAAUUAUUAAUGAAAAUAUUGAAGGUUAUGGGAGUGGAGAUUAUGUGAUUGUUAGUGAGGAAGAAAGGGAAAAAUUAAAGAGAGGAACCUAUAUCGAUUUGGCUCCAAAUUUGAGUAAAAAUAAAGAUAGACAUUUUUUCGAGACAAAAGUUGUGUAUAAUGGAAUUAAGCUGCCAAUAAGAGUGCCAUUAACGGUUAAUCCUGAAGAAGUUGGUGAUUUUUCGCUAAUAAAACUAAUCACCACAUUUAAUCCAACAUCACCGGCUCCAUUUAAUCACCCAUUUCAUCCGCACUUGGAUUCAAGUGGAAACCAAACCCAACCGAUAAUUUUAUUGCUUAAUGCGUUACUUACUCAGAAACGAAUUAUUUUUUUGGGACAAGGACAUCCGUCGGGUGAUGUUGCCAAUUAUGUGUUAUCUGCAUGUGCCAUGGGAAGUGGCAGUGGUGGUGUUCUUAGAGGAUUUACAGAACGAGCAUUUCCAUAUACUAAUUUAACCAAUGUAGAUGAUUUAUUAAAAGUACCAGGAUUUAUAGCAGGAGUAACAAAUAGAAUUUUUGAGGAUCAUAGUUCAUGGUGGGAUGUUUUAUGUAAUAUUGAUACGGGGAAAAUUACUGUUAGUAAGGAUAUUGCAACACCUUCAUAUGGAACUAAACCAGAUGAAAAACCUGAAGAAGGUAUUAGAUCUCCUUCAAGCAAAACUGAAUCUUGGGGGCGAGAAAAAUGGGACACCACCGAUAACGAAUUUAUGGCAGAAGUAUGUCAAAU